AUGGCUGAAGACAGACAACCCGCCAACAUCGUCGCGGGCGCGGCGGUCGACGUCGACGACGAGAUCGACCCGGCGGUGGCGGCAGCCAAGUCGGCUGAGGACCGCAAGGCGGCGGCGGCGCUGUCCAAGCUGGACACGCACGGCGAGGACGACGCCGGGCCGGCGCGCGAGGUGGACCAAGAGGCGGUGCUGAACGCCAUGAACUCGCUGGGCGCGGGCGGCGGCGGCAAGGAGGCCCUGCGGAGGGUCAAGGUCGACGCGGCCGACGUGGCGCUUCUGGUGGACGAGCUCGACCUGUCCAAGGCCAAGGCGACGGAGCUGCUUAAGGCGCACGAAGGCGACGCAGUCAGGGCGAUGCGGGCAUUCAUUACACCGGUGUUUUGAGGAGUCAUGGGUCGGCAAACAAGAAAGGAAAUAAAACCAGGUUUGGUGCUGUCAGCCGAUAGAGAUCCAGGUGGUUCGCGCGCCGUGUGGUCGAGUCCGACUCCCAGGGCGUUGCUAUACACACAUAGACGCGUAUUGAUAUACGUGUGGCUUUUGAUGGAGGAGGCUGUGUGUUUGUGUAUUUUUUUGGCGCCCAUAGAAUAAUUGCAUGUCCAGCGGUUCUUUGAAGCUAGCUAAGACUCCAAGGACUGGCGCCUGGGUGAGACGCAGGAUCAAUCCAAAAAAAACGCAGCAACGCGAAUAUUAAACACUCGGAAAGAGAUCAAGAAUCUAGGU